AUGGAAGGCGGGUCCGAAAAUCCCGAAGGUACAGGCGAGCAGGACGCCUAUUUUCAAAGCCUAGACCCGUUCUCGAAAGCAGCUGAUUUCCCGGAAAUAAUACCCGGCGGUCUUUCUAGCGGUCUGGCACAGACCCAGGGUGCCGAGUUACCGACAGAUGACGUGUUCGGCACUCCCACUCUUCCUGACGACCUGCUAGGAGGUGGCGCCACGUGGACCAACCCUCCGGUGGUUACAGCCAAUGGCGACACUGUGGAUAAUAUCACUGACGUGGCAAAUGCCGACGGUGAUGCCGUUACCGCUGCUAAUCGUUCUGACCAAGCCAAAGCGGAGGAAGAAGCAGGCGGCGCUUCGCAACCGGCCAGCGGAACGCCACGAGAAGAAGCACUGUUGGUUCCUGACACGGCACGGGAAGAGGCAGAGCCGGGAACGGCCGCGGGGGGGAGUGGGGAAGAGGUUGGAACGACGCCAGGCGAGGCGCAAGGGCAGGGAGACGGCGACGGGAGGGUGGGCGCAGUAGGUGGGACUUCCGUCAAAGACAAAGAGAGCGGCGGAGAGGAGCGGCAGGAAACGACAGCAGAAGCAGAAACCGAGGCGGAUCAAGCUUCCCGGGAGGGUCAGGGAUCCGCACAGGUAGGUGGGGAGACUGUCGGCAAUGGAGUUGCUGCCGCCGCUGGUGAUGGUAAAGGUGGCGGUGAUGAUCCCCGUGGUCGCAGCUCCAACCUUCCACGCACGCCGCGUCCCACCCCGCCUGAUGCGCGCUCGCCCUCAGCCGCUCGCGUCCCGCCCGGGACACCUGCUGGGGCCGAUGCUGACGCUGCUGCUUCUACGCCUAGUGCUCCGGAUGCUCUAACGUUUGAUGAUUUAGACUUCGAAACACCUGCGACAGGCGUCAGCACACCUUCGACGACCGUCAACACUCCUGGUACAGGCAUCAGCACUCCUGCUACAGCCGUCAGCACCCCUGCUACAGCCGUUUGCACUCCUGCUGACACCCCGAACGCAACAGCCACCACCUCUCCUGCUGCCACCCCCUCAGCCACUCCUGCUGCCACCCCCGCCGCCACUCCUGCAAUCCUCUUCGCCACUCCUGCACCUGCAGCGGACGGCGUCACCACUCCCUUAGCCUCGCCACUUCCUUCCGCUGCCACUCCCACCCCUCCUUCCGCUGCCACUCCCACCCCUCCUUCCGCUGCCACUCCCACCCCUCCUUCCGCUGCCACUCUCACCCCUCCUUCCGCUGCCACUCCCACCCCUCCUUCCGCUGCCACUCCCACCCCUCCUUCCGCUGCCACUCCCACCCCUCCUUCCGCUGCCACUCCCACCCCUCCUUCCGCUGCCACUCCCACCCCUCCUUCCGCUGCCACUCCCACCCCUCCUUCCGCUACCACUCCCACCCCUCCUUCCGCUGCCACUCCCACCCCUCCUUCCGCUGCCACUCCAACCUCUCCUCCCGCUGCCUCUCCCGCCAUUCCUGCAAUCUUCCUCGCCACUCCUGCACCUGCAGCGGACGGCGUCACUACUCCCUCAGCCUUGCCGCUUCCUGCCGCUGCCACUACCAUCCCUCCUACAGCUACCACUCCCACCCCUCCUGCCGCUGCCUCUCUCACCCCUCCUGCCGCUGCCACUCUCACCCCUCCUGCUGCUCCCGCUCCCACCCCUCCUGCUGCUCCCGCUCCCACCCCUCCUGCUGCUCCCGCUCCCACCCCUCCUGCUGCUCCCACUCCCACCCCUCCUGCCGCUCCCACUCGCACUCCUUCUCCUGCUCCCACUCCUCUCCCUCCCUCUGCCGCGCCGUACCUGGGCAAACUGGUUCGGAAGAGGUUCGGCGACGUGGUGUUACUGGGUCGGGUGUUUAAGUACGACCGGGAGGAGGGGUGGUACAAGGUUCGGUACGAGGAUGGGGACUUGGAGGAUUUGGAGGAGGGAGAGGUGGUGGCACUGCUGGUGGGGCAAGAGGAAGAGAAGGCAGCUGCUGCGGAAGUUGAUUCUUGGCGGCAGCAGAAACGGCAGGCGUUCUUCAGUGAGGUAGAGGAGCCAGUGUUUGUUGAAGGCAUGGCGGGGAUGGAAAGGGGAGAAGGGGCCUUCAAAGGGGCAGAGGGCACCGCGGAAGGGGGAGAGGGAGUGGAAGGAGGGGCGGAAGUGGCGCGUGAGGGCAAGGCGGAAGGGCAGGGGCAGGUAGGGGAAGCGGAGCAGCGGCUGGCAGCGGGCGGUGUUGGCACGGCGGCAGCAGAGGAUGGAGAAAAGGCUGAGAGUGUCGGUGCAGCGGGUGAUGGUGCUUUGCCUGGCACUCCAACCACACCUGGUGGGGUAACCGCGUCUGGUGGGCUGAUCACACCAGGCUCGCCGGUUACGCCUGCUGGAACACGUGUAACCAAGACUGCUGUAACCAAGAGCCCUGCUCGUGGCGGGCAGAAGGUCACGACGCCUGAAGCUAAGAGCCCGGCUGCUGCUACAAGCGCUGCCACAAGCCCUAUUGAAGGGCUUGUGAAGAGCCCUGCUAAGACCCCUUCUAAGCGGGGUGCUAAGACCCCUGCUACGAGUGCUGUUAAGAGUCCUGUUAGGAGCCCUGCUAAGUCCCCUGCUAAGAGCCCUGCUAAGAGCCCUGCUAAGAGCCCUGCUAAGAGCCCUGCUAAGAGCCCUUCUAAGUACCCUGCUAAGUACCCUGCUAAAAGCCCCAGCAGAACCCCUCGUAAGGGUGCUGUUAGUACGCCUUCUACCAGGAGGACUGCCAGGGGCGCCGCUAAGGGCCCUGCUAGGACUCCUCCUGUGUCCCCUGCUAAGACUCCUCCUGUGUCCCUUGCUAAGAGCCUUACCAGAACCCCUCGCAAGAGCCCCGUCACGAGUACUGCUAAGUCCCAUGGUAAGAGCACUGCUAAAAGCCCUGCCAAGACCCCUCUUAAAAGCACUGUCAAAAGCCCUGUUAGGAUCCCUCUUAGGAGGAGCGCUGCUAAGAUCCCUCUUAAAAGCACUGUCAAAAGCCCUGGUAGGAUCCCUCUUAGGAGGAGUGCUGCUAAGAUCCCUGAAACGAGUCGUGCCAAGAGCCCACGGCUCAGUUAUGACAAGGUGACACCAAGAAAGAGACAGGCCGAGGCAGCAGCAGAGGGCGGCAGUGCUGCUAAGAGACGGUCCCUUGGGAGUCAGUCCGUGGGUAGUAGUAGCAGUGUGGGGCGUAACGCUGCAAAGGCGGAUGCUGCCAAGGCUGCUAUUGGGGGUGCUUGGGAUGCCAUGAUAGGGACGGGCAGGCGGGCGGCAGGAGCAGGGAGGAGAGCAGGGGCGGUGAAGUGGGUGACGCCGGUCAGGCGGGGCGGCAGAGGGGCGACAGGGGGUGUCGGGGUUAUGGGGCGGGUGGGAGGGGGUGUGGGGCGGGCGGCAACAGGAAUCGGGAAGAGGAAGAGCAAGAGUUUUUCGAGGCGUGUGUCUGAGGGCGUGGGGGUGACACCAGUGAGGCUCAUGCUGGGGGGGCAGAGGGCACAGGGUGAAGCAGCAACAUCGGGCAAAGCGGGGACACUGGGCAAGACAGGGACACCAGGCAAAGCAGCGACACCAGGCAGAGCAGGAGGGGCAGCUAAGGCAGCUACAGCAGCAACGCCAGGGAGAGUAAAAACCCCUCUUUCCCGAGGCAGGUCACCGGUCCGCCUGUCCUCCCGCCACGCGCUCACAGCAGUGGCAAAGCCCCGAGUGCUGCUCGCCAGGCGGCUCCAUGGCACUCCCACUCUAACUCACAUUCUCUUUCCUUCCCGUUCUCUCCGCCCCAUCCACUCCCAGACCCCUCUUUCCCGUGGCAUGGCUUCCCGCCACGCACUCACAGCAGUGGCAAAGCCCCGAGUGCUAACCAGGCGGCUGUCAGUGGAAGCCAAGCGCCUCUCCCCUGCCUCCACUCCGCCUCCCCGCCCCACUCCCACUGCUCCUUCCCCUCCACCUCCUCUCGCCUCUCCUGCUGCCUCCACUCCCCCAACGCGCCGUCCACGGGUGAGUGAUAGGCUGUCAGUCACUCCCUCGCAGGCGACACCUGGGAGGCCCCGAAAGUCGUCAGUCACUCCCAGGCGGUCGAGCAUGGGUGCAGGAAGGAGUGGGGCUUCUGUGCUGGUAGCAGCGCCAGGGUUGCCUGCUGAGUCUCUUGCCACGACACCUGCCACGUCACCUGCCACAACCCCUGCCAAGUCACCUGCCAAGUCACCUGCCAAGUCACCUGCCGAGUCACCUGCCGAGUCACCUGCCAAGUCACCUGCCACUACCCCUGCUAAAUCACCUGCCAAGUCACCUGCCACUACCCCUGCUAAAUCACCCGCCAAUUCCCCUGCCAAUUCACCUGCCUACUCACCAGUCAAAUCCCCUGCCAAGUCACCUUACAGAAGCUCAAGCAGAGCACUGGAGAGGGAGGAGGAGGCCGAGCAGGUGGAGGAGGAAGUUGGGGAUAAAGGCCAAAGAGGUGGGGCAGGGAAGCGAGGAGACGUGAAGGAGCAGCCUGAAGGGAAGAGGCGCAGGGGAGUGGCAGUCGUGGCAGAUGUGCAGGAAGGGGCAGUGGAAGGGGACGGAAAGGGGUCUGGUGGGCGCAGUGGUCGAAGGGGAGGAAGGGGAGGAAGAGGAGGAAGGGGAGGCAGAGGAAGAAAGGUUUCAGAGGGAGUGGCAGAGGUGGGAGAUGUUCGAGAAGAGGAGGUGGAAGUGGGAGUGGAAGCAGUAAGGUCCCCUGCGUCUGGUCGUGGGAGGGGAGGAAGAGGAAGAAGAGGAAGAAAGUCUUUAGAGGGAGUGGAAGAGGUGGGAGAUGUGCGAGAAGAGGUGGAAGUGCAAGCAGUGGGGACUCCUGUGCCUGGUGGUGGGAGGGGAGGAAGAGGAAGGAGAGGGCGAGGGGGAAGAGGAGCAGGAAUGAGGGCACGAGGAGCAAAGAAAGCAACUGAGCCAGCUGCAGCAGCAACUGUGGCGGACGAGGAGGAAGAGGAGGAGGUGCAAGUGCUGGGAGAGGAGGGAGACUCGGAAGAGGAGGGAGCAGUUGGACGAGCUGUGGAGGGGGUUCAAGAGGUGGGGAACUUGGACGCUGGGGUUUCUGGUGGGCGUGGGCGUGGAAGGGGUGGACGAGGGAGGAGAUUGCGGGGGGGGAGAUUGCGAGGGGGGAGAUUGCGAGGGGGGAGAGGGGCAAAGAAUACAACUGAGCCAGCGGCAGCAGCGGCAACUGUGGCAGCAGAAGUGAUGGCGUUGGGGGAGGAGGAAGAGGACGAAAAAGUGCAAGUGGUGGGAGAGGUGGGGGCAGUAAAGGUGGGGAAAGAUGGGGUUCAAGAGGUGGGGGCAGUAGAGGUGGGGAAAGAUGGGGUUCAAGAGGUGGGGGCAGUAGAGGUGGGGAAAGAUGGGGCUCAAGAGGUGGGGGAAGUGGAAGCAGGGGUUUCUGGUGGUCGGAGGGGUGGAAGGGGCGGACGAGGAAGGGGAGGGCGAGGGGGGAGAGGGGUAGGGACUAGGGCAACACGAGGAAUAAAGAAAGCAACCGAGCCAGCAGCAGCAACUGUAGUGGACGAGGAAGAAGAGGAGGAAGAGGUGCAAGUGGUGGGAGAGGAGGGAGAGGCGAAAGAGGAGGGAUCAGCUGAGGCAGGGAAAGAAGGGGAGGGGGUUCAAGAGGUGGGGAAAGUGGAUGCAGGGGUAUCUGGUGGGCGUGGGGGUGGAAGGGGUGGAAGAGGAAGGAGAGGGCGAGGGUGGAGAGGGGCAGGGACGAGGGCAACACGAGCAGCAGCAGCAGCAGUGCCAGCAGCAGCGGCAGUUGAGGCACUGUCUGCUGCAGCCGCAGACGAGAGUGACAAGGCAACAGCAGCAGGAGCAAGGCGGGGCAGGAAAAGGGGUGCUGGAGAGACAGGGGAGGCUGCGGAAGCGAGUAAGGGAGAGGACGAAGAGAGUGGUGCGGGCAAGAGAAGGCGUCGGGGAGGACCUGGUGUGGCCACUAGCCCUGCCCCUGCUGCAGCUGCCGCUGCCCCUUCUGCUGCUGCCCCUGCUUCCCCUGCUGCCCGUGCCUCCCCUGCUGCCGCUGCUGAUGAUGAAAUGGAGGUGGUGGAAGUGGCCAGCACCAGGAGCAGUCGAGGCAGGGCAGUGGGGCGGGCAAGGAGAGGCGCUGCACAGCCUGCAGAAAAGGAAGCUGGCGGUCGAAGGAGAGGAGCAGGGAAGGCGGGUGCAGAAAAGGCAGAUGCGGGGAAGGUAAAUGUGCCUGAGGCGGAUGUGGGUGCAAGCAGUGUGGGAGGAGCGCGGCAGACAAGACGACGGGGUGCGGCACCCACAUUUGCGUCACUGAAUGCACUCACUGCAUGUGCCGCAGGAUCAGCAGCAGCAAGAGCCGAUGAGAAGCUAAAGGAGGCGGAGGAUGAAGAGGAUGGAGUGGUUGAGUUGGUUGUGACUCCUGCCCGCGCUCCUGCUGCUGGUGAUGCCUCAAAGAAGACCCGGGCGAAGAGAGCAAUUGCAGCUUCUACCCCUCCUCCUGCUGCUACCCCUGCUACCCCUGCUGCCACUGCUGCCAGCGAUGAUGAUGCUGCUGCUGCUGCUGCUGCGUCAUCUGAGGAAGCUGCUGGUGUUGCUUCAGGGAGUCGAAGGACUGGUGCAAGAGCAAGGGGUGGAGUGAAGGUCAGGGGCAGAGGAAGCGGGAGGGGAGGAGGAAGCGGGAGGGGAGGAGGAAGCGGGAGGGGCGGUCUUGUGAGUGCGCUGAGAGGCGGGAGGAAAGGAGAGUCGGGCGAUCGACACGUGGGGUUUGUGGUUGAUACCCCGGGGGGUGGGCUGAGGCGGACGCCAGGAAGGAGCGGAAGGCAGACGCCAGGAAGGAGCGGAAGGCAGACGCCAGGAAGGAGCGGAAGGCAGACGCCAGGAAGGAGCGCGGGACGGAGCAAGAGUGAUGUGAUAGCAUCACGGGGAGGAGGGAUGCUGUCUCUAAUUAGGGGUGGGGGAGGAAGGAGGAAAAUUGAUGUGGUAGCGGGACGGGGAGGGGGACGGGGGAGAGGGGUGCGGUUGAGAGGGCGUGGGCGGGUGCGUGGAGGGAAGGGGAGAACGGUAGUGGAGGUGGAGGAGGGGGGAGAUGAGGAAGAGGAGGAGGAUGAGGGGGUGGAGGAGGUGGGGGCGAUGGGAGAGAUGGUUGACCUUGCAUCAGAGGACGAGGAGGAGGACGAGGAGGAAGAGGAGAAGGUGGUUGAUCUUGGAAGUGAGGAGGAAGAGGAGGAGGUAGAGGUGGAAGAGGAAGAGAAGAAAGCGGAGCAGGGAGGAAGGCAGACAAGGGGUAGGGGCCGAGGGGCGAAAGCGAGAGCGGUUGAAAGCGGGGAGACCCGUCCUGUAGGAAGGGGGAAGGGGGCAAGAGGGGGAGCGAGUCCCGUGAAGCGAGGAGGCAGGGGGAGGGGAGGGGCAAGUCCUUCGAAGAGAGGGGCUAGAGGGGGGACAGUGGGGGGGACAGUGGGGGGGACAGUGGGGGGGACAGUGGGGGGGACAGUGGGGGGGACAGUGGGGGGGACAGUGGGGGGGACAGUGGGGGGGACAGUGGGGGGGACAGUGGGGGGGACAGUGGGGGGGGCAGUGGGGGGGGCAGUGGGGGGGGCAGUGGGGGGGGCAGUGGGGGGGACUGUGGGGGGGACAGUGGAGGGGGCAGGGGCAAGUCCUAUGAAGAGGGGAGGUAGAGGGGGCACAGAGGCUAGCCCUUUGAAGAGAGGAGGUAGGGGAGCCAGAGGGGGGAGUGGCAGGGGGCGAGGGGGUAGGGCUGCAGGGGAAGCAAGUGGAGUGGUCAGGCAGUCGAGUCGGAGGGCUGCUGCUGAUAAGUAA